CAAGUUUGCCCAGGCCUGAUCUAGGACAACUGAAAACUGGGCACUCACGUGAUGCCGAUGAGACCCGCAUAAGGAGUUCCUGCUACGGAGGCCGAGAAGGCUCAGUUCCCCUCCCCGCGCAUCCUAAUCCUGGCCUCUUCUAUAGCGAGAUUCUCGCUAGGGAAGCGGGUCUCCAAGGCAACAGGUCUCCCAAGGCGGCGGCGAAGAGACCUCCUCCUUCGCUGUCUCUGUCUCUCUAGGCCCGUGGUUCCCAUUAACCCUUAGAGACUCCCAGAAGCCCCCGACUGUGAGGAAUCCAGGGGCCUCUUCUCCGCCAUGGCGCUCGUCGGAGGACGCGGCCGCGAGGGCCCCAAGCCACCGGACCCGCCUGGAGGGGCCCCAAACGCGGCCUUUUUGAAAGCCCUGGAAGCCGUUGUCGCCGCUGGGAAGCGUGGCUUGCUUGGCCCCGCAGCCCUGGCCGCCGCGGAAAGGGUCCCGGAACUGAGCCCCCGGACCAGCAGCAGCGUCGAAGGCAACAGCCGAGGGGUUUCUCAGGAAGUCCCGGGCCCAGUUCCACUUAACGCACAGAAGAAGAAGAAGAAGAAACAACAACCCAGGGUUGCAAUGGCUGUGAAUGCACACCUUCCAGAUGUGACAAGUCCUCAAAAGGAAAUCUGGAUAUGUGGCAAUUCUGUGGUCUUGGCAUCAGAGAAAAGAGCUAAGAACAGUUUACAUGGAUUACAGUUGGGCAUCCCAGCUUCAAGGGCACAUGUGUAUUGGCAUGGCAGAUUUGCAAUGAAAUGGGAGCAUCUCUUGCUAGUUUUAUGUGACAUUUACCACAAGCGGCCUUCUCCUUCCGUUCUAAUAAUUCAUCUUGGUGAAGAUGAUCUGUUGCCCAGUGACAACUUCUCACUUCUUAUGUCCAUGAAAAAUGACCUGGACAUCCUUAGAAAAGCAUUCCCAGACACUGUUAUAAUUUGGUCUUCACUGCUGCCAAGAUGCGGUUCCAAGAAACAUGAAAAAACUGAACACAUGGAAAAAGCUCUGAAAGAAAUUAACACGAGAAUGGCAGACUAUUGUAAUAAAAUUGACGUGCACUUUUUGUCACAUAGCUCUAUUACCUCUGAUAAAACUGGCUUGUUCUUGCCCAAUCUUACUGCACUGUCUGAUGCAGGAGCUGAUAUCUUCAUAGAAGAUGUGCAGACAGUAUUACGUCUCUAUGAACUAUUUGGGUAGUGUUGAACGAGUUGCUGAAAAGACAGGAUAACAAUCAUGUUGUUGCCCAUAUAAAGUUAUAGGUAGGAUGUCUAUUUAAUAGAAAGGCUACACUGUAUUUUACAUACACAGUUGGCAGGUGCAUUCCUAUAACCCGACAGUUAUUUCAGCUUUAUUGGUUGGUUAGUUUGAUGGUUGAUUUAUUUUUGCUAUAAUGUUCCUGAUUUUCUGUUUUUCUGUUAUUGUUUAUGUACUUACUAUGUACUAUGUAUGUACUUGCAUGUCAUAUUUUAUAUUUUAACAAUGUUGAUUGGGCAUGUCCCCAUGUAAGCCGCCCGAGUCCCUUCGGGGAGAUGGAGUCGGGGUACAAAAAUAAAGUUGUUGUUAUUAUUAUUAUUAUUAUUAUUAUUAUUAUUAUUAUUAUUAUUAUUAUUAUUAUUUCCUUGAAUGAAUCCUGUAAUGGACAAAUGAAAUAAACUGGUCCAUUCUACCAUUAUGAAGAAUUUAAAUGUAUGCUCUAAAAGUGAAUGAAACUUGGGAAGGUAUUUGUAACACAAGAUGGUUUAAUGAUCAUAAAUAUAGUUGUCUAUAGUAACUGGCCUUUAGUAACCUAGUAACUGCUUUCUGCUUCAUUUGUCUGAUAGACUUUAAAGAAAGAUCAACUCCAUGGUGUUUGACUAGUGAUUAUUAGGAUCACUACAGGGAUAUGUGGAAUACUUUUUUCACUUUUCAUCAUAUCGUGUGUAAAGGUGUAAGACAGAAAACAUGCAUGGACAUGCCCACCCUAAAAUACUUAGCAAUUUGAUUAUCAAUGUCUGUAUUCACUACUGUAUCAAAUAAUUGUUUGGUAAUCCUGGAGUUAUCCAAGCAAGAAUGAAAAAUGGUACCAAAAAAUGGUACCUGCUUGGGUACCUUAAAACUUUAUUUUUUAAAUUGAAGUUUAAUGAAAAUAUUGCAGUGAAAUUCUAAUAAAAUAUUGGCUUUCUGUUAAUGUAA